UCAGGUUGGACAUCACAAGUAUUCAGUCAUUUGGAGCAGUACUGACGAACGCUUGUUAGACAUGGACAGAGCAUCUAAACCAAGCGGUGCCUGCGCUGCACACUUGGAUCAAAGAGAUAACCUGACAGAGUUGGAAUGCUCCAUGGUGAAGAUUAUACAGAUUUUUCAUUCAUACUCUGGCGACCAAUGCAAACUGAGGAAAAAAGAUCUUAAAGAACUGAUCAACUCUCAGAUGUCUACAUUUGUGAAGCGAAUCCAGGACUCCAAGACACUGGACCUCAUCUUCACGGAUCUAGACUCUAACCAUGACCACGAGAUCGACUUCAAUGAAUUUUCUGCCCUGAUCGCUAUGGUCAUCUCAGCCUGCCAUACCACGUUGCAUGAAAGCCAAUGAGUGCCCUAGAUGGACAAAUACUGUCUGAGGCGAUGCAACACGAGGAGACCAAUGUCAGAGCUGUACAUUUGGCUAUAAAAAUGAUGCUAUAUUUUGGAGAUUUUACAGGUCAUGGAUCAAAAUAAGGUUUGCAGGCUGCACAAUUAUUUGUACUAUAUAACUUAUAUGUGGAUAGAUACUGGUGUACCUUUAAUAUGGUCUGCAGUAAAUUGGCUUUACUGUUUCAAGGAUAGCUAAUCAUACACAUUUCUUAGAGGAAGAUGACUUAUUACACCUCUUAGUUUUCUUUUAACUUGUAUAAUGCAACUGUUUCCAUUUUGCUUUGGAAUUAUCUCUGCCAGAUGUUGUCAGGUGUUCAGCUAACGCAUGUCAUCAGCAUGAGUGAGCUCUGGAGCGCCAGUUGUUUCAUAAUGUUCUGUAUCAUUAGUUAGUAACCAGCUUGUGUGUGUGUGCUCUUGCGAUCUCAACUCACUUUAAAUUAAGAAAUGUCUUUUAGUUGGGAAAUGUUUCCAUUAUGCUUGUUAAU